AUGACAGAAGUGAAAGGAACUCCCAUCAUUAAAGGUUCACGAACAAUGCAAAUAACUGGCUUAUAUAAAGGAAGGGCAAUUAUUAUAAAAGACUCUUACAGUGUUAUAAAUAAGAAGCUUAAACUAUUUCCUGCUAUGUUUAACUUACAAACAGGACCGAAAGAAGUAUUUCCAUAUAACUACUACAGCAGUGUUUUGUUAGCAAAUGACAACAGAACUGGUGUCAUUUCUGAAGCAUGUAAGUUUGUAAAAGAUAUUGAUACAUUCAUGAAAAACAUAGAUUCCAUCAAAGGUUGCAGAAUAGAUGAGAACCACUUCGACUUAGAAAAGUAUAGCACAUUUUAUUGCAAACAAGAUGUAAGAAUUUUAAGAGAAGGUUUUGUUAAGUUCCGCAAUGACAUAUUGAAAGAAUUUGAUUUAAACGUUUAUGACUACGUUAGUAUUUGUUCAAUUGCUAACAAAUUGUUUGAGAACAGAGUGUACUUCCCGAAUGGAAAUUUAUAUGACCUCUCAAAUAAACCAAGAGAAUUUAUUUCACGCUGUAUUCAAGGUGGAAGAUGUAUGCUGUCAGAUAACAUUAAACAAAAGAGCGAAAAGAAACUCAUUGCUGAUUUCGACGCUGUUUCAUUAUAUCCAUCAGCUAUAGCAAGACUUUAUACUUUAGAAGGUAUUCCAAAGGUUAUGAAGAAAGAAAUGUUAAGCACAGAGUAUCUCAUGAGACAUUUAUUCGAUGACGACCAAAAGGAACCCAUUGGUGAAAAGUUUAUGUCUGGCUUCUUUGUUCUCAUUAAGAUAACAGAGAUUGGAAUACAUAGACACUUUCCUUUAAUAGUUUGUGACCCUGAACUAAAUCCAGAACUUAACGUUCCCAGAAGUUCAAACACUUGCUGUUUAAUGUAUGUUGACCAUAUAACAUUACAAGACCUCAUAAAAUAUCAAGGUGUCAAAUGUGAAGUGUUGCAAGGAUACUAUUACGAUGG